AUGAACAUCCAACAAAUAGGUUUAAGAAAUAAAAAUGUUUAAAAGUAAAACAAAAACUAGGAGAACAAGCUAGAUAUUUUGAUUCAAGGAAACAAUAAUUUUACAUUAGAUAGACUAAAUGUUCCUAGAGGAUAUACUUCAAAUAGAUUCUCCUCUUAAAUUCCAGAUAUGUCACCCAAAAAUUAGAUGCAUCAAAUAUAGACUAUAGAUGAAACAAGCACUUUUGUAGGUUUUGCCUCUUCAAGCAAUCCAAGAAUUGUAAAUAGAUAGAUUUCUAAGGGUAAUAACCAGCUUAUAAAUAAUAUGACAACGUAACAUAAAAACCAAAAUAGCGCUGAAAAAAAUAUUUCUGCAGUAUCUGACAUAGGCACAAAGAGAGCAGAAUAACUGAUUAGAUUCCAAAAAAAGAACAGUAGCUAAUAUCUUACAGAUAAUAUUAUGAAUAAUUUCUUGAAAAAUAAUGAAUAAACUUAAUAGUAGAAUAAAAAUAGCUUAAUUGGAAGUAAUAGAAGCGGUUAUCUUAAAAAUCCGCACUCAGCAUCUUAAGAUAGGAGAAUAAUUUAAAGCAGCUCUGGACAAACUUACUAGACAUUAAAUUUUAAGUUAGACCCUAUCAUCGAUGAGCAAUACUCCAACGAGAAGCUUAUGAUCAAGAACAAAUAAAAGGUGAAUGAAAAGAUAGAUUAACUUUUAGCUUCAGACUACCUAGUUUAUUAGAAAAAUGUUGAAGGUCUAAUUUCUUAAUCUGUUUAGCAAGGAAGAGCUUUUUACGAAAAUGAAUAGCUUCAAUUAAAUGGAAAGUAAGAAAGUUACAAGGAAGUCAUAGUUGAGGAAGAUUAAAAUUGCAAUGAGUUAUAAAAAUAGAAAAGGAAAGCUCAGAUUUUUAAUACUAAACCCCUUUCAGAAAGAUUCAGUGAGAAUAAUUUAAAUUAAAACCUUUUAAACAAUUAAAAUUCCAAUUAAAAAGGUGGUUCCAAUUUUUCUGAGUAAUUUAACUAUAAUCAAACAUAAAAUGAACAAAACCCUAUACUUUCUAUUAAAAGUGCUUAACCGUUUCAAUUUAAAAAUGGAAACAAGUUUGAAUCUGUAAAAAAUAUUAACACCAAUCCUCUUACAAUUAAAAAUUACAACAUUUAAAAUUCUAACAACAAAAAUCCUGCUUACCAAAAUUAGCAAGAGUCUUAUUAAGUUUAGUAAUACAAUCAUACAAAGCAAGCAAAACCAAAUAGACUUCUAAGUGGUAGUAAUUUAUAAUCUCAAGUAAGCAAUUCACCUUCUUUGUCUGAAAUGGUGAUAUAUGGACAAUAGGCAAUAGACCAUUCUAAUCUGCGUUUUAACAGAAUAAGUCAAACUGAAGUCCUCUAAAUGUCUAAGUAAUCCUAAAACAAAAUAGAUUAAUUGAAUUCACAGAUAAUGAUGAAGAGUGAUGAUCCAACUUUUUUCUACCCAUAAUCUAACUAUGGAGGUACUAUGUAAUUCAAAGGAUAUUAAAAAGAUGACUAGUAGUAUAAGUAAUACAUUAUCGAUGCAAUAAAUAGUGUCAAUUCAGGUAAAGAAACUAACAAAUUAAAUCAGCUUAAUAUUUAGCAUGAAUCCUAAUAGAGAAACAAAUUGUUAACACCUUCUUCAUCCCAUGGUUAGAAAAGAUCAUACGCUACUUCAGAAUAAUAAAUAUAAAGAAAGCGUAACUAAUAAAAACCAUCCUAUCUUCUAUCUGAUGAAAGCGAGCUUGCUUUAUCUAAUCAAGCUUCUAAUAUUAUUAUAGGGCAAUGCAAUCAUCUAUCUUAGACUUAAUCUCCAACUAAAUAAAAAUGUGUUUAAGAUUUUCAACCUAGCUCAGUUCAAAAUAACUUUGAGUUAGUUAGUUCAGAAUCUGCGCCUUUAUUUAUAAAUUCUAUCAAUAUUGUCCAUAAUAAUUCAUCCAUCUAAAAUAAUAGCCAAUUACAUCAACCUAGUGAAUAAAUUUUUGAACUUGCCAUCAAUAAUUAGAACUAAUCAGAUUAGUAAAAAAGAUAACUUUUAAGACUAAACCCUUACAAGAUCAGAUACCUUGAACUGCAAUAAAAAAAACUAUAAAUGCAGUUAGGAUAAUAAGAUCUACAGAUAUCAAACCCUCCUUAAUUUUUUGGAUAGGCAAAUAGUAUAAAUGGAUAGUAAUAAUUAGUUGAUUUAAAGGGAUUAUAAAGCUAGCAAUUAUUCUAAGGAGUAACGAAUAAUGUGGUAGGGAGUAAUUUGACUUCAGGAAAUCAAAACUAAUUUCAAGCUUAUCGCUAUUAUGUUGGAUAUGGUAAUAAUGCAGAACUUGUUAAGAGAAUUUUAAAAUCUAGAGAGUGGUGGUGUGAGUUUAACAGUGAAACUUAAUAAGGGAGCUAUAACUUCAGAUGGACAUAAGGGAUUUAAGGAAUAAAGUAUGAGAAAUUGAAUUCAAACGGACCUAAGUAAUGUGUAAAUCACUUUGAAGAGCACAGAGAAAUAAGUUAAAAAGAUAAUUUAGUAAAGAACCUAAAAUUAUUUUGUGAAACGAAUAAAAUUUCUCUUUUUAGCUUAACUCCUUGCACAUUUUUGAUUGAUCUCAAUGAUGAUUCUUGCGAAUUACAGAUAACUAAAUUUGCUAAUUUCUUUUGUAAACAUCAUCCUAAAUCAGAGUUUUUUGAAAAUAGUAAAAAAAUGGUUGCAGAAUUCAAAAAAAAUAUCAGACAAAUUUUUUAAUCAGUAAAUGCUAACUAUAAAAAGAUUAAAUCAAAUAGCUACUCCAAACCUAUAUUAUAUCCAUCAUUUGUAAAUAAAGAGUAUUGCCAAUAUAUCUGGUUACUAAAGACAACCAUUUAUAAUAGAGGAAGAGGUAUUGAGCUCUUUUCUUCUUUUGACUAACUUGAGAAGCAGAUUAAAAUUUAUUCAGAUGGUACUCUCGAUAGAAAUUUAAUGUUAGCAGAGGAGUAUUAACAAAUCUCUACAAAUGAUUAAAAUAAGUAACUCUAAUCACCAAGUGAAAAUGAAAAAGAAGGAAAUAAUUAAAAUCAAUAAUACUAAGAAUCUUCAGGCUAAAUGCUUUUAUCUGGCUCAACUUAAUAAUCAAAUCAAACUGGACUUACGUGCAGUGUAGAGCAAAUUGGUUGUAGCCUUAAAGACUCAAAUUAGUAAAAGGAUGUACUAACUUCUAAAAAUAAAGAAAAAGAUCAGAAGCAAGUGAAAAGCUGGUAAAUUUUAAAGAGCUAAACAUUUGUUAUUUAAAAGUACAUUGAGAAACCUAUGCUUAUAAAAGGAAGAAAAUUUGAUAUGAGAAUGUUUGUAUUAGUAACUCAUACAAUGGAUAGUUACUUUUACAAGUGUGGAUAUAUCCGUACAGCGAGUGAGAUAUAUAGAAUGGAUGAUUUAGAUAACUAAUUUAUUCACCUUACUAAUAAUGCUGUAUAAAAAUAUGCUAAAAAUUAUGGAGAGUUUGAAGAUGGAAAUAUUCUGUCACUAGAAUAGUUUGAUCAGUUUAUAAAGUAAGCAGGUAAUAAAUACGAAGGCUUAGAUCUUUUUGGUAAAAUAGUUCCUACAAUAAGAGAAAUUUGCUUAAUAACUCUAGCAAGUGCUAAAAAAAAAUUAAACUCACAAGAUAGAAAGUAUUGCUUUGAGAUGUUUGGAUUUGAUUUUUUUAUUGAUGAGGACUACAAGGUGUGGCUGAUUGAAGUUAAUACAAACCCUUGUAUAGAAGAAUCUAAUUAAUAUUUGCAUUAAUUAAUGCCACGUUUGCUGGAUGAUACAUUCAAAUUAACUAUAGACUAAAUAUUUCCUCGCCCAGGAGGAUCAGGCAAUAACUAGCAAUAACAAAAAUAAUAGUAAAAUUAAAUGUAAUCCUCUUAAAUGAUAAAUGGAAACAGUAAAUUAAAUAAGAGAAAUUCAUCACUUAUUUCUUAAUAGGUCCCAAAUAAUCAUUAAUCAAGUGAUCGUAAUCUGUAAGAAUUGCAGUCAGUAAAAAUUACAAGUAAUAUAUAACAAAAAAAAGAAAAUAUAUUAUAAUUUCAUUAAUAAUCCCCUUCUAAAUAUGAAAACGAGGAUAAUUCACAGUAAAAGAAUUUCUAAACUCCUCUAGAAAAUAUAAAUCUAAAUUAAAAUGAGAACAAAGAAAAUACUAGAGACCAAGACAAUAAUAGUAAUGUUGGAUCAGAUUUACAGAAACAAAGUAGAAAAAGAGAGAAAUUUCAAAUAUAAGGACACAAUGACGAUGAAAAUCUAUGGCAAUUUAUGGCAAAUUUAAAUAAAUUUAAUUACUCUACUUAUAGUUAUUAAACUCUUAGUAGCAUUGCUCCUAAUCAGUACCACCCACUCAAAGAAUUAUAUACAAACUCUAGUAAAUUAGCAAACUAAAAAAAUAGUAAAAAGAAAGAAUGA